ACGGCUUCUUCUGGACUUUUCUCAUCUGGAUCCUCAUUUGGCCUUCCAACCCAAACGAAAACUUGUAGAAUCCGAACUGUUGGACGCUCCAUCAACAAUGUUUGUCCAAUUGGAUUUACCGUAAUCACCAACGGUGAGUGUUGCAUCACCCCGCAAGUAUCCACUUCUGGAUCUACCGUCUUCCCACCUUCAACUAUCUCCCCACUUCCUCCAUUCGCCUGUGCCGAUCGUUCAAACACCAAUGGAAUCAACGAGUGUCCAGGAUGGAGAAGCUACUGUACCAACGUUUUCUACAGGACUUCAUGGCCCGCAACUGCCCACAAACUUGCAGACUCUAUUUCCUCCAAUUUUCAGCAAUCCGGACCGAUGUCUAGCCCGCUCGGCCGAUCUAUGUGUGUACAGAAAUUUUUUUUGACUUUUCGAUUUUUAAUUACUUCACGGCUCAGCACGGCUCGCCCCGGCUUGUUGCAACUCAUUUGCUUGUUUAAAUUCUAUUAA